CAGGGCAGGGGGCGGGGCGCUGGGACGAGACGCUGGUCAAGGUAUUUCCUGGGAAAUGGAUGACGAUGACUUUGGAGGAUUUGAGGCAGCAGAAACUUUUAAGGAUGGAAAUGGUGAACCACAGACUACUUCUCCUGCUAUUCCUUGGGCAGCAUUUCCCACAGUAUCUGAAAUUCACGUACCUCAAACAGUUUCUGCUGAGGUUCUCCAGGAGCAUUCUGCCACUUCUUCAAGUGAUGAUGUACUGACAGAUGGUCAACCCUCAACCAGCCCCUUAAAUUUAGCUUAUCUUAAAGAGCAGGCUCCAUUAUCAAUUGAUCCUUUAGAAGUACCAGUUUCGUCUUUAUGCCUUACGGAAGAUUCAGAAACAGUAAUUGAUGAUGGUGGUGGUGAUGAUGAUGAUGAUGAUGAUGAUGAUGAUGAUGAAAAACUAGGAUUGAAUGAAUCAAAGAAACAUCUUCAACAAACAUUUUCAAGUCUAGAAAUUAAACUUAAAGCAGCUGAUGAAGAAAAACGUAGAAUAAAAAAGGAGUUAGAAGAUUUGUUGGAAAAAUAUAGGAUUCUGGAAAUAGAUUUCCUGAAAGAAAAGGAUGAAAAAUUAAUUUCACACCAGGAUAGAUACAACAAGCUUGAGGAGAAGCAUAAACUUGAAUUGGAAGACUUGAGAAGAGCUGGUCAUGAUGCCUUGGCUAUUAUUGUGGAAGAAUUCAAGGCUUUACUGCAAUCUGUAGUUCAGCAACGCGAAGAAGCCAUUGAAAAACAGUAUGCAUCUGCAAUUGAAAAGCAGGCACAUAAGUGUGAAGAAAUGCUUGUUGCUCAGCAUCAAAGGCUGCUUGAUAUGUUGGAUAACGAGCGCAAAGUGUUAGAAGAAAAAACAGAAGAAUCUUUGUUGCAGCAGUCACAAGUCUAUAAGGAAAUGCUGGAAAAAUGUAUGGAGCAGGAAAGGGAAAGCAGCAGGGAGGCUUUGGCAGCUGCUGCAAAGAUUGAAAAACAAGACAUGCAAGCUGCUAUUAUAACAGCAAUAAAAGCAGAAAGGGGAAAUAUGAAAAAGCUUCAUGAAGCAGAAAAGGAAUUAUGGCAAGCAGAGCAAAAUAAAGAGCAUGAGAAGAUUGCUCAAGCAAUUGAAGAUGCAAUGCAAGAACAAAGACAAAGCAGUCAGCUUAUUGUAAAAGCAGCAAUCGGAGAAGAACAACAGAAAAGUGAGAAAGCUGUAGAAGCAGCUGUAAAGCAAACAAGAGAAGAAUUGCUGGAGUAUAUCAAGGAACAGAAAAGACUUGAUCAAGUUAUCCGCCAACGUAGCCUAUCGAGUUUGGAACUUUUCCUCUCUUGCGCGCAAAAACAACUGAACUCUUUAUUACAUGAAGAACCUACAACAACAGAUGCUGAAGAAAAGAAACUGUCCCUUUAAGCUGUCAGUAUAUAUGAAGAUAUUAAUCUAAAUGCUGAAGAUUAUCUAUUUUAAGACACUGGGAACUGGGUUAUAAUCAGGUGGCAUCAUUUGUUUUAGAUUUUGAUUUUUAAUACGCUGUUGUCACCUAUAAAACUAAUUGCUAUGUGAAAUCUAGUCAAAUAAUGUACUCAAAGAUAAUGAAAUUUACAAUGAUAUCCUGUUUCUACAUAGUUGCAGCAAUGACUGAACAAGGCAGUGAUCGUCGACUCCAAAUUGAACAAUAUAAGUAUCAAAUUCCUUGAGGGGAAGCUCCUUGUAAAUGUUCAUUUAUAACCCUAAACAUAUUUAACACAAUGUUGUAUGGAUGUACAUACUUUUUGUACCAAACCAAGAGCUCAUUAUUUAUUAUUUAUUCCCAAACGCUGUGUUACACUCAGUGGAAUUAUUAUUUUUUACUUAGAAAGUUUCAUCACUUUCAGAAGCAACUUGUCAUAAGAUACAAGGCCCUGAUAUUUGAGAAAAUCCAUGCCCCAAAGCUUCCCUGAGUGUACGGAACUAGUACUGCGCUUCUGUGGAUCUCGACCACUGACAUUCAAAAACAUUAACAGCAGAACCCUAUGCAUCUUUAUUUGGUUGUAAGUCCUAUUGUGUUCAGUGUGGCUUACUCCUUAUUUAGGAUUGCAGACCUUAGUUUAGGCUGUGAAAGUUACGUGAAGGUGAAAGUUUUCACUAAGCAAUUUGACAAUGGUGAAAACUUCUCAAAGGGUCCCAAGUUCUCAAAACAAUUGUAUCAGCAAAAGCCACAGGAUUGGUUCCUUACUGAAAAACAAAGUCAAAUAAAUGAGAAAGUCUUUGAAAUU